AAACAAGCGUCUGAACGACAGUGACGAGAGUAUUGGAACUCCAACUUCCUGUCAAAAUGGCUGAGAGAAAGUCACAAAACAAGUACUACCCCCCUGACUGGGACCCCAGCAAGGGCUCGGUCAACAAACAUUUUGGUCAACACCCCCUCCGUGACAGAGCAAAGAAGAUUUCACAGGGCAUUCUUGUCAUCAGAUUUGAAAUGCCCUACAACAUCUGGUGUGGGGGCUGCAACAGUCACAUAGGAAUGGGGGUGCGAUACAAUGCAGAGAAGAAGAAAGUUGGAAAAUACUAUUCCACUCCAAUCUGGCAAUUCCGAAUGAAAUGUCAUCUAUGUGAUAAUUAUUUUGAAAUCCAAACAGAUCCACAGCACCAUGACUAUGUAAUCACUAGUGGAGCCAGGAGGAAAGAACAAAGAUGGAAGCCUGAAGAAAAUGAACAAAUUGCAACAGAAGACAAAGCAGUUAUAAAGAAGAUGGCCAACGACCCGAUGUUUAAAUUGGAGCACACAAGUGAUGAUGUCAAGAAAUCCUCCAGCGUCCAGCUCAGCGUCGGUCAGCUAGAGAAGAAGAGGAGUGAAUUUCAGGAUGACUAUAGUCUCAACAAGCUGGCCAGGAGUAAAUUCAGGGAAGAAAAGAAAGCCCAAAAGAAGACACAGAUGGAGGAUAAGGAACUGCUACAGAAAUCCUCCCUCAAUAUCAGCCUGUUGCCAAAGUCGGAGGAGGACACCAAACUGGCCUCGCUCCUGAAGUACAAGUCCUUGGAGACUUAUGAUGAGAAACAAGCAGAGAGGAGGAGAGAGAUUGAGUCUCAGACUAUCUUCCAGCAAUCAUCCAACAAAGGAAAAGAUCUUGUGAGGCACAAACUUGCGGCUUCUAACAGCAAAAAUCUUGGGUUUACGACUGAAGCAAUAAAUUUCAAAACUCUAAAGGAGACUCAAAGAUUGCUUGGAAUACAGCGGAGAAAUAAAAAGAAUGCUCUUAGUAAACAGCAAUCUUUAAAAACACAAACUCUCAACAAAAACAGUGAUUGUCAAGAGAGACUGACAGCUGACAAAGGCAGUGUUAGAGACAGUGAUUGUCAAGCACCUGACAGUGAUAUGAACAGUGAUUGUCCAUUAAAGCUUGACACGGACAGAGACAGCACCAGUGAGAGAGACUCUAGUACAGGUCUAUCCAGCAGUGAAGGUGUUAGAACCACGGGGGCCUCAAACAUGGAUCAGUCUACAGACUCUUUAGACAUAUCGACAAAUGUAUCAACCUGUUCCAUCAAUACAUCUAGUCUCAGUCUUGUUGGAGUAUACCAGAAUAGUGAUUCGGAAUGUGAUUCCACAUAAAAUUAUGAAAGUUUUA